CUGGAAACUGCAAUUUUUGAUCCUUUCCAGCACCCGAUGGGAGCCCUUGACACUUUGGAUGGUCUGGACACUUUGGAUGGCCUGGAUGGAUUGGACGGUUGCGAGACCGUAGAGAAGGUCGGAUUUCCUGACGCACCGGUGGCGGUAGCACCAGCACCGGCGGUGCCACCGACGGUGACACCAUCGGUUCCCAAUUCAUUCUCGGGUGACUCCGGAGACUUUGACGAUCUUCCUUGCUUUGAGGACUUGACUCCCUUCGAAGUCGAGCACUUCGUCCAGGAUUUAGAGGAGUUCAGACUGGAACAGGUGGGUGAUCCGCGAUGGCUGACGCAGCAUGAACGGGUGGAAAAAUUGAAUUGGACGGCGCACAACCAGGCGAAAGAGGGCUUGGAUGAGUAUGUCGUCGAUCAGUUCAACACCCAAGAAAAGUUGCCCACACUCAUCUUUGAUCUCAUACUCAUCGAGGCCUGGAAAGAGCGUAUCUGGCCGCUGCUCAAGGCCAAGAUCGCAAAAUUCAGCUCCCUUCGAACCUACAUUCCGGUCUACCACGAGGCCUCUGUUGCGAACCUGCUGGAGGUGUGCCUCUAUCACCGGACAAGUUGCGAAGAGGCAGGUGAUGCUCUCAUCGAUCUUGUUGACUUUUGUGUGCGAAAGCUCAGAUAUCUGGUGGCUACUCCUAAUGAUGAGCUGGUGAGACAAGUGGCCUCCGCGAAGGAGUGCACAGAGUGGGACAAUGUCAGGAUGCUGGAUGAACAAUUCGUUGAAAGUGAAUUCCAGAUUUGCAUGUGCGUCAUCUCCAUCAUUCGGUUCCUCACGGACCACCGGGUAGCGGUGCCAUUGGCAGUGACCACAAGGAUGCUAGAGACCCAUGAUAUUCUCCUUCUGCUCGUUCCUCUCAUGGAGAAGGCUCCCUGGGUGAGACGAAAUCGCAUCAAUGGACGCAUUGAGAAGUUCGAAGAGCACAAGUGGCAAGUUGUCGAGGCAGAUGAUGAAGGGCGUUUGCCCAAGCUUCAUUCUCAGGUAUGGCUAUCCAUCUAUAACCUCGUCAUGGACCCUGAGUGCCGAGCAAGAUACGACCUGUCGUCCUUCCGAAGAGAGAACCUGCUGAGACUGCGGAGAUAUAUCAAUGAGGUGGUGGUAGAUCAGUUGCCGCCUUUGACGAAUUUGCACAGGGCCCUGGAGGAACUCUCCAUCUCUGGGCAAUUCACUGGCACUGCUGAUAUUGCACCAUCACCUUUUGUGGUGGAGUUGGUCGCCGAGGCUCGGGAGACCAUCCUCCGAACCUAUGAGGGUCAGUGGCAAGAAGUUGCUGACAAGCAGCUUGAGACGGUCUUCACCAAAGAGACCCCAGACGAGCUAAAAAGGCUAAGCAGCAUGAUCUCCAUUCCAAAGGAGUUCUUUGAAGAAGGUCCAGAUCCCGCCGAGAACGGAGCAGGUGAAGCUGAUGCCAAUACCACGUCGGCAGAAGCAGCUGCUUGGGAGGCUGUAGCUGCACUGAAUUUGGUGCGCUCAACUGCCUCCUUCUUUUCAGCUGCGCGCGCACAAGAUGCACCAAUCGAUGAGGUCAUCGUUCUAUCAGCGCCUUCACAGCCAGCGCCUUCCUUCGGGGGGCGUUUGAAGUUGGAGUUGCACCGCUCACGGCAAGGCCAACUGGGUCGCAGUGGAAGGAGCGGGGUUGCGGCGACCGCUGCUUUGCUGGCCAAGCGUGCGGAGUCAACAGGGGAGGACUUCCUUUUGGCGAUCGAUGCUGAGGGUGUUCCUGCAGAUAAGGUGCAGACCAUCCCUUAUAUCUCCCAGAAGGGUGCUGCCAGGACGGCAGAGCAGCUGAGAAACUUGCUGCUGAAACCAGGCCGCGAGAGCCUCCUGGAAAUGUACUCUGAUGACAUUGCAGAGUUUUCUGUGCCUGUGGGUGGUAGCGAAGAGGAGGUGCUCGAGCCUCGUUACCUGCGAUGGCUCCUUCCAAAAUCCUGAGCCAUGGCCAUGGGAUCGAAAUCACCCGUUGGCUGUGGAUCAAUCGUGGAUCCUGUUGCUUUCUGCUUGCUUAUUGUGUGAAAAGUUAUGGUGAUUGAUGAUUGAUGAUUAAUUAUUGGUGAUUGAUGGUGAUUGAUGGUUGUUGUGUGGAAAAAUGUGUGGCUUGUUGGACUGCCCGCAAACCUGUCGUGGCAGGAUUUGACAUAUAGUUUGCAUGCGCAGUGAUGUUCACAUUAU